AUGGCGUGCCCGGAGGGCCGCGGCGCGGCGGCGGCCGCGGAGGUGCACGCGGAGGUGCCCGCCGCGGGCGCCAGGGGCGCGCAGGCCAGCGCGCUGAAGGUCUUCCUGGAGCGGCGGCGCAGGCAGCACGCGGAGAGGGGCGUCACCGUGGCGCUGCCGGCGCUGCAUGCGGAGUGGAGGCGGAUGCUGCCUGCGGAGAGGGACAUGAUGAGUUCGAGCGCGAGGCGCGCGGCCGCCGCGCCGGCGGCACCGCGGCGGGCGCCGUGGCGGCGCUGCUGGCCCGCCAGGAUAGGCAGCCGCGCGCGCCGCUGA